ACUCACUUGAGUCAGCAGCCCCGUGCGUCCUAUCCAAUCAUUUAAGCUCUCCAAUCGUCUCGUAUAAUUGCGUCGAAAAGCCCAUAGUGGGGUACAGGUGUUCGGAGGUUACCGCUCUAGAGGAGAUGAUCUUUCAACGAAACGGGUCACCUCUUCUGAUAUCAGUGUUCUUUAUGUUCUGCUCCCAAGGCUUGCUUUGGUCUUACCGUGAAGAGCAUGAUGCCACUGACAGUGAAGUUUGUUCAGAAAACAAGAUCGCCACAACAAAAUAUCCUUGCUUUAAAACAUCUGGAGAGGUGACGACAUGCUACAGGAAAAAAUGCUGCAAAGGCUUUAAGUUUGUGUUGGGCCAGUGCAUUCCUGAAGACUAUGAUGUGUGCGCUGGCGCCCCCUGUGAACAGCAGUGCACAGACCACUUUGGCCGUAUUGUGUGCACCUGUUACCCAGGCUACCGCUACGACCGAGAGCGUCACAGGAACCGAGAUAAACCAUAUUGUCUGGACAUCGACGAAUGCGCCAGCAAAAAUGAGACAAUGUGCUCUCAGGUCUGUGUCAACUCUGUCGGGAGCUACAGGUGCGAGUGUGAGCAUGGCUAUUUCCUGGAGGAAGACAAGAAAACCUGCACCGUGGGGGAGAGAGCAGCUCGUCUCUUUGAGAAGUCGGACAACGUGAUGAAGGUGGGAAUGUGUUCGGCCACAUGCGAGGACUUCCACCAGAUCAAGAUGGCUGUUCUACAGCUCAAACAGAAGAUGCUGCCCAAUAAUGCAGAAGUCCACAAGCAGAUGACCAGUGAGAAGAUGCAUUCCUUCCUGCCUGGGCCUUCUGGACAGCCAGGACUUCCAGGUCCACAGGGGGUCCCAGGACCUACCGGCCAGUCGGGACCCCCAGGCCUAGUCGGACCCAGGGGAUUGAUGGGGCCUGUAGGACCGUCACCAGACCUUGGCAACAUCAAACAGGGCCGACGUGGACCAAUGGGCCCUCCAGGUGCCCCAGGAAAAGAUGGUAUGAAGGGAGAUCGUGGGGCUCCUGGACUUUCCGGACCACCAGGCCCUCCCGGAUCAUUCGACUUCCUGUUGCUGCUGAUGGCAGACAUCCGUAACGACAUCGCUGAGUUGCAGCGCAAAGUGUUGGGCAGGCAGAUCCCCUCACCAGGGGAGGACUUCCCCAUGGCCCCCCACAGCUGGGGGGAUAACCAGGACAUCUUGGAGGCCGGCUCUGGAGAGGACUACAAUGACUCUACAUCCCACGGAGGCAGGGCCAAGAGCAGUAGGAAGAGAAAGCCCACAAGGGACUUAACAGACUCUGAAUGGACACCUUGAGAAUGCUUGCAUUUGACGCUGGUGUAAAUAAUAAGUAUUUUAUUUAACAUAUAUUUUUGGACCCUCAGUUAGAAUGUAUUACUUUUUUUUACCAAAUGUUUAUUUUUAUAAACUGGAUAUUGUGUGAUAUUUAUAUGUUGGACUGACUUGACCAUCUUCAGCAGUAUUUUGUCCAAGUUCUUUCCUGUUUUUAGGUCUCAGUGUUAGGUCUCCAUCAGGCCUUUUCAUUUUGGUGGAAGUGCUAUUCUUUAUCAGAUGUAUUGUCCCUGAAAUAUCAAUCAGUAAAGGUUCCAUUCUUUAAAGAGUAAACAUUUAUGUUGUAAGGGUAGCUAAUGGGACCGCAGUAGGAUUGUUAUCGGUUUAUAUUUAUUUUGUACGUCCAAACACUAUUUUGGGAUUAUGUCUGGUUUCCAUGAUUACAAAGGAAGUGGGCAGCCCUGCUUCAAGGUUGAAGAAUCCAGUGAGAACACACAAACCAUCAAUCAUCAGGAGUGCCACUCACGUUAAACUUCUUUAUCAAAAUAUUAAUUUUAAAAAGCUUCCUUCGCAACAUUGUGAAAUCAUACUUUCCUCUUGGUGGUCUCUUUUCUGUUUAUACAUUACAAUGUCUGAUAAUGCAAAAUAGCAUGUCGUCAAUUAAAACAACUGGAAAAUAAAGUAUGGAGAUUGAGAAUAGAGAUAUAGAUAGAAAGAGACCUGGAAUACUUCCUUUUGUGUGGCGAUAGUUCGUCUGGUUGGUGUAGCUUCACAUGACCAAAGUAUUAUUGCCUAUUAUUUGUUCUUCUGACUUAUCUGUUUAUAAUAAGUGUUAGAUUUAAGAGAUUGCAAUAUAGGAGAGAAGUUGAAAAUAAGAAUCAUAACUUGUAUUUUUGGUGUGUGAUGUCAUGAUUGGAGCAACAUUAAAACUUGGGCUUUGAUACAAUCAGGCCUCCAGGCUUACAACCUU